CGCGAGCACUGCUGAACUGAGCGAACUGUCUAUAUAUCGAGGUGGGCAAGAAACACCAUGUGGUUACUGCUCUGCUUCGUUGCUUCGUUGGUCGCCGCCGGCGCAUGCCGCAACGAUGAUGGGAGCAUGGUGUACGUCGUGUACAUGGGCGCCGUGACACCCCUAACCUCCCCCAACCUCCUCCGUGACAGCCACCUCCGCCUCGUCGCCACGGUGCUCAAGAGGGGGCAGAGGGUGCAGAGCGUGGUGGUGCAGCAGUACAAGCACGGCUUCUCCGGGUUCGCGGCGCUGCUGUCCAAAGACGAGGCCGCCGCACUCAGGCGGAAGCCCGGCGUCGUCUCCGUCUUCGCUGACCCGGUGUAUCAGCUGCAUACAACGAGGUCCUGGGACUUCCUGCAGCAGACGGCCGUCAAGAUCGACUCCGCUCGUCACUCGCCCGGAGCAGGCAAGACUGUCGCCUCGUCGCCGGCUGCGGACACCAUCAUCGGGCUUCUCGACUCCGGCAUCUGGCCGGAGUCACCAAGCUUCAACGAUGCUGGCUUUGGGCCAGUACCAAGCCGAUGGAAAGGAGUCUGCAUGGCCGGAGAUGAUUUUAACUCGUCCAACUGCAACAAGAAGCUGAUCGGAGCAAGAUACUACGACCUUAGUGAGGUAAGGGGCCCCACUCAGAGCGGCGGCAACUCGCCGCGGGACGAGCUUGGCCACGGCACACACACGUCAUCCACGGCUGCCGGGAACGCGGUCAGCGGCGCCUCGUACUACGGCCUUGCUCCCGGGACGGCAAAGGGGGGCUCUUCCGCGUCGAGGGUCGCGAUGUACCGGGUUUGCUCAGAAGCAGGUUGCGCCGGAUCGGCCAUACUCGCCGGUUUUGAUGACGCCAUAGCCGACGGCGUGGACGUCAUAUCUGUCUCCCUGGGCACGUCGCCGUACUUUCGCCCCGAUUUCUCGGAGGACCCGAUUGCCAUCGGUUCGUUCCAUGCCGUGGCAAAGGGGGUCAUGGUCGUGUGCUCAGCCGGCAACGCCGGACCUGAGGCCGCCACCGUGGUGAACGCGGCGCCUUGGAUCCUCACGGUCGCGGCGACGACCAUCGACCGCGACUUCGAGUCGGACGUCGUGCUGGGUGGAAAUAACAGCGCAGUGAAAGGCCGAGCUAUAAACUUCUCUAACUUGGACAAAUCCCCGAAGUAUCCAUUGAUCACUGGUGCAGGAGCAAAGUCUAGCUCAGUUUCUGAUACUGUCUCAGCAAGCCACUGUGAGCCCGGCACGCUGGACACCAGCAAGAUAAAAGAGAAGAUCGUGUUGUGCAACCACUCUCAGGGUGACACGUCGAAGAUGGUGAAGGUGGACGAGCUGAAGAGCGCCGGAGCAGUGGGAUCCAUCUUGGUCAACGACGUCGAGACGGUUGUCGCAACCACCUAUCUCGACUUCCCGGUGACGGAGGUCACCUCUGCAGCCGCCGCCGCCAUCCACAAGUACAUUGCCUCGACCAGCCAACCUGUCGCGACGAUCACGCCGACGACCACCGUGACGGAGUACAAGCCAGCGCCUGUCGUGGCGUACUUCUCGUCAAGGGGGCCGUCGUCGCAGACUGGGGACAUCAUCAAGCCGGACGUUGCAGCUCCGGGAGUGAACAUUCUCGCGUCGUGGAUCCCAACGUCGUCACUUCCUGUCGGGCAGAAGCAACCCUCGCAGUUCAAUCUCGUGUCGGGGACAUCCAUGGCCUGCCCCCACGUCGCCGGGGCGGCAGCCACCGUCAAGGCGUGGAACCCCACAUGGAGCCCGGCUGCCAUCCGGUCGGCCAUCAUGACCACAGCAACCCAGCUGAACAACGACCAGGCUCCGAUGACGACCGACUCAGGAUCAUUGGCCACGCCGUACGACUACGGCGCGGGACAGGUGCACCCGACCGGCGCGCUGGACCCAGGACUGGUGUACGAGCUCGGGGAAGACGACUACCUCCAGUUCCUCUGCAACUACGGCUACAACGCAUCCAAGAUCAAGCUUAUCACAUCCCUUCCUGGCGGGUUCAGCUGCGCAGUCAACGCGAGCAAGGACCUCAUCUCUGACCUCAACUACCCGUCGAUCGCCGUGGCAGGGCUCGGCAAAGCAGGCAGCAGGACGGUGACCCGAGCCGUCACGAACGUCGGGGUGCAGGAAGAGGCAACCUACACGGUCACCGUCAGCACGCCGGCCGGUUUGGAUGUGAAGGUCACGCCCAGUAAGCUUGAGUUCACCAAGAGUGUGAAGAAGCUGGCUUUCGAGCUGAACUUCACCGGCACGAAUACGGCAGCGAAGGGCACCCUGUCAGGAUCCAUAACAUGGUCAGAUGGAAAGCACGUGGUUCGCAGCCCAUUUGUGGUCGCUAGUUGAAAAUUAUGUAGAAGGGAAAGCUCUUGUAAGUCUCUCAUGUCUCGUAUGAUACACUCAUGUACAAGGUAGUAGCACCAAGUAUUGUUGUAAUAGUGGACAAACAAUUAAUGCUAUGAUAAGAAUACUGACUGUUACAAGA